UCUCCAACUACCUGACCAACACGACCCGACCGUCAAGAUGGGUGGCGGAGAUCUCAAUCUGAAGAAGUCUUUUCACCCGACGCUGCGACGGAACCAGGCGGCCGUCUACGACGAAGAACAAAAGGCUUUGGCCGAGCGCAAGCGCACCCAGCAACGCAUCAAUGAGAUCAAGGAGGAGCGCGCAAAGGAGGAGCUGCAGCGGCAGCUCGAGGCCGCGGGCGGCAGGAAGCGUGUGGAUCGCGUCGACUGGAUGUAUCAAGGCCCAACAGACGGGCAGGCCGGCACUAGCGAGGAGACGGAGGCGUACUUGCUGGGCAAGCGACGCAUCGACAACCUCAUCAAGGGCACGGAGCACAAGCAACUGGAGAAGGCGGCAGGGCAAGAGAGUUUUAUGGCGCUGCAGAAUGCCAACAGCGCCCGCGAUACAGCAUCCAAGAUCCGCGACGACCCGCUACUGGCCAUCAAGCGACAGGAACAAGCCGCAUACGAGGCCAUGAUGAACGACCCGAUCAAGCGACGCCAGCUUCUUUCGUCGAUGGGUAUCGAGGAUAAGAAGGACAAGGACAAGGAUAGCAGGCACAAAAAAAAUCGCCACCGACACCGCAGCCGGGAUCGCGACCACGACCACGAGAGACGACAUAGGCGACGCAGGUCCUACUCACGGUCGCGAUCGCCACACCGCCAGCGCGACAGGUCCGAGGACGACUACGAACGCGGGCAUAGGCGGGCCAGAGACUCUGACGAGCGCAGCCCUUCGCGACGCGGUAGGGACAGGUCAGAGAACGGCCACGGCCACGGACACAGAGACUCCCGCAGCCGCUACGAAGACGGGCGGCGACGUGGGUCGGGCUCUGAAGAACGAGCGCGGCGGAGAAGUCCGUCUUUGGAAGACAGGCGGCGAAGUCAUGGGCGCAGAGAUGACGAGGCCCGAGAAGGAAGGACACACAACCAGCGUGAUGACAGGCAGCGGGAUGACAGGCGGAACGGAAACCAGCGAGACGGCCGACACCCACCGAGACACAUGAACGGCGAUUCGAAAGGGGAUGAGGAGGCGGAGCGGGCGAGAAAGCUCGCGGCGAUGCAGUCGGCGGCAUCGGAGCUGGAUCAGGACCGCGACGCACGGCUACGACAGCUCGAGGAACGAGAGCGGGCGGCACGCGAGGCCGACAAGCGGGCGAGGAACCGGGCGGGUGACCGGGGAUUCGUCAACGGCCUGCACAGGCAGGCGGGCAACAUGGCACUCUCGGAGCGGAUGGGGAGGGCGCGACAGGGAUACCAGCGGGACGACGACUAGCUGGCUGGACGAGAGACUUGGUGCUGGUCCCGCUGCCGAAGACGGGCAGUGUGGUGGUUGGGCGACGUUGUUGUAUUGCUGGAGCGGUUGGGCGAUUUCGUCGGGUUGCAACGAAUGUGCAUCGCCAGGCGGCAACGCUGCGAAUUUACUUGCGACGAGUGACGAGCCUCUCGGCGGCAACCAUUUGGCGUUGGGCGGGGGUCUGGGGGAUGAGGCUAUCCGCGACGGGAACCAAUGUGCGUGCCAGUCGGUGACAACAAGCCAUCCACUACCACGGGCAGACGCCUACAACGAGGGCGUUUUAUGUAUGAACGUGAUACCAGCAUUGCAAAUGGAACCUCACUAGAAC